AUGACACCAGGUGCUCACCUCGUUGCUCUCCUUUCUCGACUGGUCGCUGCCUGGAGGCAGUUCUCCUCGGCACCAACCACCAACACCGUGGACGAGCUCAACCCACGGCCUCUGCCGUAUGGCGACUCGCCUCCCGACGAGCCACCUCGUUGCCCGCUCGCACAACGUCGCGUCGUCUCGUACGGCGACUCACCACCGCCGCCGAGCCGUGAGGCUUCCACAGGGCGUCACGACGCGACCGACGAGCGCGUACCCCCACCUCCCCCACCAGGCAGCGCUCCACCUCCCCCGCCUGGCAACACUCUUCCCCCAUCACCUCGUGGCAGCCCCCCACCUCAACCACCUGGCAGCCACCCCCCUCUCCCACGCUCGAGGCAACAGCACACCACCGGACUUGGCUCCGACGUUGUCUCGGCGAGGGCACCUUCCAGUGCGCUGGGUUCCAGCCUGUUCGUGGGCAGGCGUGGGGAUCCGCUCGCUUCUCGCCAGGCCACUGCUGCACCUGUGGCGCCUCGAACCUCGGUGAAGCGCAAGGCCACGAGCAGUGGCAGUACCAGUCCCGGCGCCGGAAAGUCGGAGCGUGAGGCACUCGCCAAGUGUCCAAAGGCCCACUGUGGCGCCAGCCACCCUCGAACCCCCGGCCUCGUCGAUGGUUCUCACCAGGAGCCGCACCCUGGUCUACCCGCCACGCUGCAGCGCGAGCUCAACUGGCGCACACAGCUCACUCGACAGCGCCAGUCGUUCGACAAGCGUCGCCAGGUGCACCUCGUCGAGUCUGCGGACGGGCGGACGGAGGUGGCCAUGUCGUCGCACCAUUCGACGAACAACACCCAGGUCAUCUCCAACGCCGAGAACAUGUCCAACGGGGGAGGCAACGAGGAGCUGCUGCGUGUCGUUCACCCGGCCCGCUUCUUGAGGGCGUUGCCGUUCGAGCACAAGGUGCCGUGGGAUGUUCUCCAGGCCCUGGAGGUCAUGUACCGCGUCCUUCUGCCCAUCCACGAGGGCGAACGCUGGCUUCGAGAUGCCAGUCCGGCCGAGAAGCGCGAGCUUAUCGACAAGCUCGCGAUUGUGGACGACGUGUUCAACGGCAAGGACGUGCUCAUGGACUGGAGUACCGGCAAGCAAUCACCGCCUGUUCUCACUGCGGGCCAGGUGGCGGCCCGUAAGACCUGGCUGCACAAGCGCAGGACGGAGGGUGAGCAAGCGACCAUCGAUGGCUUGCUCGAGUUCAAGGACGAGUUCAUCGCCUUCACUCGCGGUCACGAGGACGUCUUCCGUGCCGCGUGGACUGAGACUGGGAGGGGGGAUUGGACGGAGUGGGCCCGCAACGACGAGGGCUUUCCAGUGUGCUACUGGAGCGUCCAGUCGACAACUCGCGGCAUGCUUAUCCUCGCCCAUCGCCGGUGGGUUCGCUUCGACACCAGCCGCUCGUCGGGAAACACGGACCGAGAGGGCGACAACCCGGCCUCGGCGUACUGGGUGAUUGCGAGUUGGCUGGAGAGUAUCGGGCAGUAUGGACGUCGCCCUCACCCCGGGUUUCAGUUCCACUGCACCGGCCGUGACGUGCCACUUGUGGCGCACAAGUGGCACUUGUUGAUAUGGGGUUUCCUCAACAUCCGGCCAGAGCUGCGCUCCGUCAACUUCGCCAUCCACAGCGAUCCGUACGCCUCCCUCCUCCAUACUCUCUCGUCCUCGAGGGCCACUGUCCAGCGCGUCGUAGACGCGGCCGUCCAGCAGGGCCUCUGUCGGCCUUACCUUGUGCCAGCUCUCGGCACGCCAAACCCCGUCUUCCGCGUGCUCCUAUUCCACAACGGUGUGCCCAAGUACGGUGCCGAUGCCGGCUACACGCCGGUGAAGGGACCGCCCGGCGAUGUCUACUCCCCCCUCCUGCGCCGCGCCCUCAAACUGGUCGCAGCGCAGUUGCCGAACCCAACAGGCGCUCCAAGUCCCCCGCCCACAUCGUGGCCUUCCAUCGCCGAUUUCUCUAUAACGGGUCUGCGACCGCAAACACGCCACAACGUCCUACCGCCUUCCCGCUUCGGCUUCAAGGUUCGUCGCAACCAAGGCUGGGUCGAUGAGCCCCUCCUUCGCUCAAUAGCCACCGCGGUCGAGGAGUCGGGUACCAUUGAUCUCCCGUUGCGUGUGUGGGAUGAAAUAAGCGAGACCCUUCGCGAGGAGGGCGUGAUGGACCGCUCGCCAGCGGCACUUAUGGAUCGCUGGUCCCGACUGCACCGACCAGUGGCCGACGCGCUGUUCGGCAUCGACCUGGGAUGUUUCCAUUGGGAUGACCUUGCGGAGAAACCUCUGGCCUCAUCUCCAACGGCGUGGUCGUGUCUCGCAGACCACGAGCUCGUCCACCCUUUCCUCAUCAGGGUCAUCUCCAAGCGCAUUUCGUACAUGCGAUCAGUGUGUGCGAUCCUGGGCCGCAGCUGGCCGCCCGUCGCGUCUGCACCACCACCACCACCACCCUCUACGCCGCCAUGUUCCGCCGCCAGAGAGGAAGAGCCGCCAGCACAGCCUCUAUCUGUAGGCCUCCUCAGGUUGGAUCUCGUGGUAACGUCUGCACGCCUCGCGGCCAUGGAGACUGCUCGUCACCGCUACGGUAAGCCAGACAACUCGCACACCGAGCACCGCUGGCCACACGAAGAGAAUAGCCGCCUGGUUGAGGCCGUUGCCGAAAUCGUCAGAGCAGGAGCGCAUCUCGACCAGCUCACGGAGACGAACUGGGCAGGGGUAAGCGUCGAAUUGGCCGAGACCAGUGGGGCCCAGCCAGCAAAGUCUCCCCAGUCCUGUCGCAAGGCCUGGAAGGCCUUGGUCAAGCAGUUCAACCUUGUCAACGCCUUGUACAAGGUUCGAGGUUUUGCUUGGGAUGACAAGGCCCACAGGCUGAUCGCUGCCGACGAGACCUGGGAAGCGUGUUCGGCUGCGUCAGCGAGCCGCAUGUUCGCGCGCGAGAUCGUCCUUCCCCAGUUCCGCGCGCUUCACGCUCUGCUGUGGCCCUGCGCCCCGGCCGUCCCGGCCGGCCUAUUGUCCGCGUCGAGUCACGUCCAGGUCGCUCCCACCGACCUUCUCAACAUGGUCACCGGCAAGUGUUCGGCGAGCUGCGACAUGCUCCUCCUGUCUCUCCUGGGCGACCGCUACGGCAACAAGGUGCCCGAGCACGUCCACCGCACCUCUCGCUCGUCCAUCACCGACGCCAUGGGAUCGAGAUCGGGAAUCCUCACCGCAUCUUUCAAGGUGUCGGCGCCCGUCAAGACCGCGGUUCGACUGGCGGAGAUGGCGCGACCUGUCUUUGAGCGGCAGGAGAAACUUGGAGCGCCUUCCCACAGCGUCGACGCUGUGGGAACCAAGUGGAACCGCGCUCAAGACGAGGUGCUGGUCGCGGCUGCGGUGCCCUUCGUCCGCAGUGACCACGACGGUGGCAUCAUCGUGAUCCUCAAGACGACCGGCCAGCUGCCGACGUUCUCGAGUAUCGCCGACGCGCUUGCCAACCCGCCGACGCACACUGGUGGCGCCCGCCCCGUCCGCAAAAUCAGCCGGUGGACCAUUGACGAGGACGACAAGUUUGUGCGCUAUCUCGCAUCCGUCCGAGUCUCGGGUCGCACGACCGCCACCGCCACCAGGAAGGGAGGCCAGUGGAAACAGGCCGUCUGGAACGGCGCGACCGCUGCAAUCGACGGCAGCAAGACGAAGCAGCAGUGUUCCCGUCACUGGAAGGCGCUCGCCGGAGGUUAUCGAUACCUCCAACGUAUCGAGGGCGUGCCCGACGUUGGAUGGAACUCGGCCGGCGAGCUUAUCGCCAAGGGCAAGGGAUGGAGGAGAUGCCUGACAAAGAACAAGCUGCGGCUGGCUCUGGCCGUGCGUCGGGGCUUUCUCAAGUCCUUGAGCGACUUGGGUAGCAGCGACUCUGCGUCUGUGCCAUCGUUCCCCAUCCUCGGCGGCGGCGCCAAGUUCAAGGGCACGCGCACCAAGCGCCGCGCGGACAACAAUGCGUAG